CCGUGGCCUGUUUCAGCCGCUCAGAACAUCAGCACCACAAGGCCUAGCACUAGUUCCCUUGGCCUUGUCGUCACUCCGCUUCCAUGGCCGCAUGGAACCGAGGAUGUUACCACGAUUGCCACAGUUACCAUAGGUAAUUCCACCCAAGCUCAAGAAAAUUUAACAACAACAACUGCCCCUUCCACAUCCAAUCAUUGUAAGUUUUCGUCGCGACUGGCAUUUACAUCUUUUUUCAUUUUUUUUUUAAUCUGUUCUUCGAAUCCUUUAAACGGUUAAUUUACACCUUUAAGUUAGGGUUCUUAAUUUGUAGCAAGCUCUUGGACAACACCCCCUGUAGGCUGCUACCGAGACUCUUACGUAAAACCACGACCUCUUCCGGAACUUAUUGCAAACUUCCGAGGCACUAUCGAUCGCAAAGAUGUUAACAAGACCGUGAUGGCAUGUGCUGAGAAAGCCCGAGAGAGAGGCUUCAAAGUCUUUGGAAUCCAGUACUACACGGAAUGUUGGAGUGGUCCCGGGGGCGAGAAAACCUUCGGACGGGACGGUUCAUCAGUGGACUGUGAAGAUGGAGUCGGCAAAUCUGGAGCCAACUUUGUUUACAGAUUUGGGGAUUAUGGUUUGUGUGAAACUAAAUUUUCUAAUCAUUUCUCGGUUUAUCAGUAUGAUUCAGUGACCAUUAAUAAUUGACUACUUUCCAGAAUUGUCUUCUCGUCCAAUCCGUGUACAGCCGCGCCGCCUGUGUUUCCCCGCCAUUUCUCAAGUGACGAUGGAGUCUGGUGCGAGCAUCCCGAUGAGUCAUUUGAAAGUCGGGGACAAAGUGCAGACGCUGGGAACUAAUGGAGAGAGCAAGUUCAGCGAGGUUAUUACUUUUCUGCAUAAGGAAAUCGAUGCUGAGGCACAAUUUUACAACCUCAAAACCAAGACAGGAAACAGCAUUAAGUUGUCCGCACAUCAUCUGAUUUUCAGAAAGGAAACAAAUACGUCAUUUAUAUCCGCUGUUUUCGCCUCAGAAAUUAAAAUGGGAGAUUUACUUAUACUGAAUGGAAGCGGCCCAAUUUUCGACACAGUUACACAAAUUACACAUAUGACAAUGAAAGGUGUGUAUGCCCCCUUAACAAGACAAGGCACUUUAUUUGUUGAUGGCGUAUUGGUAUCGUGUUAUGCACACUGGCCUUCUCAUGAUGCUGCACAUUUAGUUAUGGCACCGAUCAGAACAGCUGACCUGCUGAACAGAGCCUGGAAAAAACUGACCAGCUUAAUCGUUUGGUUACCUGAGUGGCCGGGGAAAGAUUCCUUAAAAGGAGUUCAUUGGUACCCUUCCAUUCUUAUGUCACUGACGAACACCCUGAUAAUAUAA